ACUUACAUGCAAUAAAAUCGCCACUAAGGUACACACACACCACACUGUUUCUCCCAUUCUCUCUCUCUCUCUCUCCCUUUUGAGUGCUUCUUUCUUUGUGCAUCUCCAAAUGGGUUCCAAAGGGAAUCUAGCACUCUCCUUAGCCAUGUUCCUCCUUUUCCUUGGUUUUGCAACCUCCGAUAUCAACCAAGACAAAGCAGAAUGCACCGACAAACUCCUCGGUUUAGCAGGUUGUCUUCCCUAUGCCACUAGUCAAUCCAAAGUCCCCACCCCAGAUUGUUGCUCUGGUCUCAAAGUGGUCAUUGACAAGAGCAAGAGAUGUUUGUGCAUCCUCAUCAACGAUCGUGAUGACCCCAACCUUGGCAUCAAGAUCAACGUUACCUUAGCUCUUAACUUACCAACUGUUUGUCACACACCCACUAACAUAACUCAGUGUAUAGAUCUUUUGCAUUUGGCACCAAACUCCAAGGAGGCUAAGGUGUUUGAGGGGUUUCAGAAAGCCUUGUCCAACAAAACUGAUUCCACCCCAUCCCCUAGUGUUAGUAACAACGCCACAUCACAGGGAACAAACAACAAGAGUGGUAGCGAGUGGGGGAAGAGGUGGUUGGUGGCAGAUGUGGUGUUACCCUUUAUUUUGAUAUCACAUUUGUUUUUGUUCGUGGUUUGAAGAUUGACUAGUGUUGUGUGUAUGUAUUUCUGGGGUGCAAGUGUUGUGCAUUGUAUAAUAGGUGAUAUGUAUUGUCUUUUUCCUGAAGUUAUUAUCCUGAGUAUGUAGCCAUCCUCUUUUGUCUGAGUGUUUAAUUUUCCAACUAUGGAACCACGGAAUGGGACCCGUUACUUGACCUAGAUAAUGUGAUGCUUUAAAUAUCUUUGAGUCAAUGACUAGGGCCUCCUAUUUACACUUGGUAUUAUGUCAUUGGUUGGACGUUUUUGUAAGUGCUCCAUUAAUACCAUCAAAUUGCAUGUUUAUUUUUUUUAA